AUGUUUGCAUUCGGACAGGAUUUCUCUGAUUUUCUCCUUAAAAACGGACCUCCUUUCAAUAACAAUCUCCUUCAGAAUAUUCUCCUCCGAGCACAGAAAAGACACUUCGAGGAAAUGAAUAGCCCACCAAUUCCACCCACCCUUCCCCAAUUCCCUCAAGGUAGUGAAAGUGUUCCCGAAUUCUGCCACCUACUCGAAGUCUUCCUCAGCUGUAUUUCUAAAGCCCGCACUAAAACUGAGGCUCCUCAAGAUAGCUGCUUUCCUGAUAACAUUAUUUGGUCACCAAAACCUCUCCAUUUACCAGGACAACCUGUCGCUAAUCCCUCCCCAUCGAACUCUUCAUCUCGUCUUCCUUCUCCCUCCGCUUCCUUACAGAAGAGACAGCUUCCAAAGGGGGUCAAAUCACGAACAGAGACGGACGGAGUAUUAAGUCAAAACGAAUUCACUACCCCUGCACUCAACUCUCUUAUUGAAAUGACACUUUCUAAUAGUUAUCAACUCGGCAACUCAAAUGAGGCCUGCAAAUCAAAACCAGGUCAAAAACAUGCGACUGGCAUGUCAGGAUCGGAGGAUUUGAACUCCAGAAAUGGCGGGAUGCCUAACCGUGCUCCUAAGCGAAGGAAAACGCGAACAACUUUCACAUCUUUUCAACUAGCUGAGCUUGAAGUGUAUUUCAACAAACAGAAGUAUCUCACUCCAACGGAUAGAGACCAAAUCGCCAAUGAACUUGGACUAUCUAGCACUCAGGUAAUUACUUGGUUCCAAAACCGACGGGCAAAGAAGAAGCGCGAGUGCACUGAACUGGAGCGUGAUCUAAUGGCAGGUAAAACGAAGUUUGAAAAUCUUCAACAGCCAACUCAGAGCAAUCUGAGUAGCCAUCAAAUAACCAGCAAACUUCCCCCGAUUUCCCCCUGUUCCUCAGCUACCUCCAUCAAUGAGGUCCCCUUUACGUCAGCAUUUAUGAGAUCCAAAUCAGACUCGUGCGCCUCCUCUCAACUUACCGCAGAAACCUCCUCCAACGAUCCAAAACCUAUUUGGCGACCAGUUUGUUUAGAGGACAUUGGAAGAGAAUGA